AAAUUUCGUUCAUUCCACGGAAUGCAAGGGAAUUGUCGAACAAGGCCGAUACACAAGGGUGUGGACUCGUCGUCGACGGGCGGCCACAUGGCACGGGAGAGUGAAUUAUCAGGUCGAUAGACCCGGAAUGAUGAAUGGACUUGACGUCGGGGCCACUUAGUUGUCUAUAAAUAUGCUCGACGGCCUGCUAGCAGGUCGACUUAAAAUGAUCACUUCCCAGUGAGAGCUUAUCUUGCGUUCAACCCACCCCUCUCCUCUUCGAAGCUUAAUCUGGCCUUACGGACGUCUUCUUCUUUCACUUGUGUUCAGGCGGCGACCAUACAACAUACAUACUAGUAACACACAAUGGACCGAAGUGCCACCAGCGGAAACAAUGGCUCUGGCCGUGCCACUAAUGGCACACAUUCUGAUUUACCGGACCUGGCUACAUACCAAGCCCAAUGGGCCAAAAUCCAUGAUGAUACUGUGCGCCAGAUCAACGAAGCUUUAGAACAAGAGAAGAAACGCAUAACCAACCGACCAAAGCAGUCUCCUUCAAGCUAGCGAUGAGUGAUGAGCUUCCGGAGAAAUGGCGAUAUCGGGUGUUUAUCGGAACUCUGUUAUUUCUGGACUCUUUCUUCUUGUUCGGCAUCUGCUUGCUUUUUCUUCACUUCGUGUUGAUCUCCCUUUUUAUUUGACUUUCCCAAAUUUCCGCAGUCUUACACGUUUAUUGGCCUCAUUUUUUGAUUGCAUUCCCCUUGUCGUGAAGCGGAUCAGCGUUGCUCCAUUAUAUAC